AUGGCGGAACAACAGCAACAGCAACAACCUACAUUUAAGCUCGUUCUCGUCGGUGAUGGUGGUACUGGUAAAACCACUUUCGUCAAGCGUCACUUGACUGGUGAAUUUGAAAAGAGAUAUGUUGCCACUCUCGGUGUCGAAGUUCAUCCUCUUACUUUCCACACCAACUUUGGUGCUAUCGUCUUCAAUACUUGGGAUACCGCCGGUCAAGAAAAGUUCGGUGGUCUCCGUGAUGGUUACUAUAUUGGUGGCCAAUGUGCUAUUAUCAUGUUUGACGUCACUUCCAGAAUUACUUAUAAGAAUGUUCCCAACUGGCAUCGUGACCUCGUCCGUGUCUGUGAAAACAUUCCUAUUGUUCUUUGUGGUAACAAGGUUGAUAUCAAGGAACGUAAAGUCAAGGCUAAGACCAUCACUUUCCACAGAAAGAAGAACUUACAAUACUACGAUAUUUCCGCCAAAUCCAACUAUAACUUCGAAAAGCCUUUCCUUUGGUUAGCUCGUAAGUUAAUUGGCAACCCUAACUUGGAAUUCGUUGCUGCUCCUGCUCUCGCUCCUCCUGAAGUUCAAGUCGACGCUCAAUUGAUGCAACAAUACAACAACGAAAUGGAAGAAGCUGCUGCUCAACCUCUUCCUGAAGAAGAUGAUGACUUGUAA